GACCCGGAUGCGGCCCGCCCCCCACCUCCCGCCGCGGAACCGGAAGUGGGGCGGCCGGGAGCCGGACGGACGCGGCGGGAGCGGGACGCGCGGACCGAGCCUCGCGGCGUCUCCUCGCCGGAUGCCCGGGAGCUGCCGCUGGAUCCGCAGUCGCACACAGCUCAGCAGCCAGCCCGCUGCCCCGGACGAAAGAUGUGGAAGGCUUCGGCGGGCCACGCCGUGUCCAUCAGCCAGGUCGACGGCGGUGCCGACGACUGGGAAACCGACCCCGAUUUCGAGAACGACGUAAGUGAGAAGGAGCAGAGAUGGGGCGCCAAGACCGUGCAGGGGUCCGGGCACCAGGAGCACAUCAACAUCCACAAGCUGCGGGAGAACGUGUACCAGGAGCACCGCAGCCUCAAGGAGAAGGAGCUGGCCACGGGCCCCAGGGCCUCGCAUGGCUACGGCGGCAAGUUCGGCGUGGAGCAGGACAGGAUGGACAAGUCGGCCGUCGGCCACGAGUACCAGGCGAAGCUCUCCAAGCACUGCUCGCAGGUGGACUCCGUCCGCGGGUUCGGGGGCAAGUUCGGCGUCCAGGUGGACCGGGUUGACCAGUCGGCUGUGGGCUUUGAAUACCAGGGCAAGACGGAGAAGCACGCCUCCCAGAAAGACUACUCGAGCGGCUUCGGCGGCAAGUACGGCGUGCAGGCUGACCGCGUGGACAGGAGCGCCGUGGGCUUCGACUACCAGGGCAGGACGGAGAAGCAUGAGUCCCAGAGAGAUUACUCCAGAGGCUUCGGCGGCAAGUACGGCAUCGACAAGGACAAGGUGGACAAGAGCGCCGUGGGCUUCGAGUACCAGGGCAAGACGGAGAAGCACGAGUCCCAGAGAGACUACGCGCGAGGCUUCGGGGGCAAGUUCGGGGUGCAGACCGACCGGCAGGACAAGUGCGCGCUGGGCUGGGACCACCAGGAGAAGCCCGAGCUGCACGACUCCCAGAAAGACUACUCCGUGGGGUUCGGCGGGAAGUACGGGGUGCAGAAGGACCGCAUGGACAAGAACGCCUCCACCUUCGAGGACGUCGCCAAGGUGCCGUCCACCUACCAGAAGACGGUUCCUGUGGAAGCAGCCAACAGCAAGACGAGCAACCUCAGAGCCAACUUCGAGAACCUGGCCAAGGAGCAGGACCAGGAGGGCCGGAGGCGGGCGGAGGCCGAGCGGGCGCAGAGGAUGGCGCAGGAGCGGCAGGAGCAGGAGGCGGCGCGCAGGCAGCUGGACUUGCAGGAGCAAGCCCGCGCCCAGAAGCAGAGCCCGCCAGCCUCCCCCGCCCCCCAGCCGGCUCCUGAGAGGCCGCCCUCCAGCCCCGUCUACGAGGACGCCAUUUCCAUGAAGGCCGAGCCCGGCUACCGAGGCCCCGUGAGCGAGCCUGAGCCCGUGUACAGCAGGGAGGCCGGCGGCCAGCAGGGCCUGGCCUACGCCCCGGAGGCCGCCUACACCUCCACUGAGGCCCCGGGCCACUACGCGGGAGAGGAGAACACCUAUGACGAGUACGAGAAUGACCUGGGCAUCACGGCCAUCGCCCUCUACGACUACCAGGCCGCGGGCGAUGACGAGAUCUCGUUCGACCCCGACGACAUCAUCACCAACAUCGAGAUGAUCGACGACGGCUGGUGGCGCGGGCUGUGCAAGGGCCGGUACGGGCUCUUCCCGGCCAACUACGUGGAGCUGCGGCAGUAGGCGCCGCCGCCCGCGCCCCUCUCUCGGGUCCGGGCGGGAGGGGGCUCCACGCCGCUUUUAUAUUUAAUGUUUCCGCCGACGCUUUGAAAUGUUUACGCCACAGAAUCUGCUAAUAUAUUGUAAUCAUGUUCCUGGGAGGACGGGGUGGUUUUAUGCAUCUGAGGUGUUUUCUUUUGCCAAAUGGCUGCCACGUGGAGCCACGUGGGACCUUAGUCCCUCUGAGUGCGCGCUGGCCUCGCCCCGCGGUCACCGGAGACCCCAGCGCGAACGGAACCUGUCUGUCUGCGCUGCUCGACGACGCCCUGGGGUCAGGCAGGAGCCGGGCCCGGAGGGAUGGGCCCAGGACACCCCGAUGGAGGGAGCUUGGAAAGCCCGGGAGCUUCAGCUCCGGUGCAGACGCCUCACACGCGUGUGUGAAGUCCCACAGGGCAGGUUAGCGACGGCGCCUUUGCCGUCUCCGCCCCGCCCCGCCCUCGUCCCGCCGCCUCACGCCCCUUAGACUGCCCUCCGGCCAGCGCGGCCACGGGACGGCCAGGCCUGGACGCUGCCCUGGCUGGCGGCACGGGCCCGGGGCUGCGGCGCAGGAGCGCCCCCGGGAGGCGGCGAGCUGUUUGCCAAAGCCCGGCCUGGGCGGCAGUGGGACGGGAGGCGCGAGCGCGGACCAGGCCCUCCGGGUGGGCGGGGCCCGCGGCGCCCCUCCGGCUUCCCCAGCUCCCGCUCCGCCGCCCGGUGGUCUCCAUGCAGUUGUGUCUGAAUUCCUGUAGCUCACCUCAUAGGUAUGAAUUUUUAAAUUAAAUAUUCAGAAUAAACUUUUUUUGAUCCACUUGCUGCUGA